AUGGGUGAAAGAGUUCUGGAUAUCGAUGGUUAUGAUCUGCGUGAAGCAGUUUUGGAAGAAGCAGUAUUUAUUCUAGAACGAGCUCGAAAUGAAGUUGUUACUUUAACACUGGAAUACGAUGGUGGCAAAAGAUUAGAAAACGUGAAAGCAGGCGCAGAUUGUGAUGGCUUUUAUGUGAAAGUUAACAUCGAUCGAAAUGGUGAAAAUAGCGAUGAACUUGAUUUAAAAAAAGGUGAAAUCUUAUACGUCGAUAAUACGUUAUUUAUGGGUGUUUAUGGGCGUUGGCGUGCUUGGAAGCUUGACCAAGAAGGUCGACAACGUCACUGUGGACUAAUAUUAUCAUUACGUCGAGCUGAAGAAGAAUGGAACCAUGCACGACGAGUUAAAGGAAAAAUGACUGAUGAAGCUCGUCCGAGACAUAUCUAUGAGCGCGUUGAGCGUCUGAAUUCGUCGCAAAAACGUCCUCUUGUCCUUGUUUCAGCUUAUUUGGCUCCCUUCAUGCAAAUUUUAAUUGAAGAAUAUGGUAAUAGAUUCAAACCGGGACGCGGUUGUGCUGACCAGAUAUUCAUGUUAAGAGUGUUGGAACAUCGCUUCAAAUAUCUACAAUCCACCGUUACAUGUUUCAUCGACUGCCUUCGAUUUUUGCGGCUAUUUGUUCAGUGCGUUGCAGAAUGUCGAGCUUCAAAUUCCAGUACAAGUUCCACUAAUGAAAUGGACCAAUGGAUUGAAGUGAGGAAACGUGAAGAGUUAUUCGAGAUGAUAUCAGUUAAUGCAAUGAAACAAAUUGUCAGUCAAGGAUAUCACUGCGUAUUAGAUAUUACGCCUCAAGCUGUUUUAAGGCUUCAUAGUAUGCGACUCUACCCAAUUAUCAUUCGAAUUAAGUUCAAAUCCAUUAAACAGCUAAAGGAAUUAGCUGAGCACAGUUGCCAAGAACGAUUAAAUACAAAAGCCGCUAAAGAGUUACUAGAACGAGCUCAAAUCACUGAUACACAUCUCGAAAAAAUUGACUGUACAGUCAGUACGAUAAAUGUUGGCGCACAGUAUGGCCGAAAUACGAUUCGAUAUGUUUGUCAGCAGAUUGUUGCCAUCGUUGAACAUGAACAAAAGCGAAUCGUCUGGGUGCCAGCUGUAUCUAAAUUUAAUUCCUAA